GUGGGCGGCCCCGUCGCCUGGCAACCAGAUGGUAGCGUCCCUUGAGCCCAGGCCACACAGCUGCACCCAGCCCUACCCGGUUCCUCCCAGGCCUGCAGGACCCCUGGGGCCCUGUCUUUAUUUCCCACCACCAGGACAGCCAAAGCUCUGGUCACAAUGAACAUCGUCUUCUCCAGGGACAGCCAGGCGAGGGUGAUGGAGAAUACCCUGGCCAACACGGAGAAGUACUUUGGGCAGUUCUGCUCGCUGCUGGCCGCCUACACGCACAAGACGGCCCGGCUGCGGGACAAGGCAGACCAGCUGGUCAAGCAGCUCAUCGACUUUGCCAACUCUGAGAACCCUGAGCUGCGGGCCACCAUGAGGGGCUUUGCUGAGGACCUGGCCAAAGUGCAGGAUUACCGGCACGCCCAGGUUGAGAGGCUGGAGACCAAGGUGGUCAACCCCCUGAAGCUCUACGGGGCACAGAUCAAGCAUACACAGGCUGAGAUCAAGAAAUUCAAACGUGUCCGAAAUCAUGAGAUCAAACAACUGGAAAAACUGGAGAAACUGAGACAGAAGUCACCCUCAGAUCAGCAAAUGAUCUCCCAGGCGGAGACCAGAGUGCAGAGGGCCGCCGUGGACUCCAGCCGCACCACCCUCCAGCUGGAGGAGGAGGUGGAGGCCUUCCAGAGGCAGAAGCUGAAGGACCUGCAGAAAUUUUUUUCUGAUUUUGUAACUAUUGAGAUGGUUUUCCAUGCCAAAGCGGUGGAGGUGUAUUCUAGCGCCUUCCAGACCCUGGAGAAGUAUGACCUGGAGGGGGAUCUACAGGAUUUUAGAGCCAAGAUGCAAGGGGUUUAUGGGCAUUACGACACUCGGCCGCUUGCCAACACCAACCCCUCUCCAUCUGUUCUUCAGUCUCUCACCAGCCAGGGAACUCUGCAGGUCCAGCUGGGUAGGGCAAAUGAAGACCCUGAACUUCCUCGUGCCAAUCAUGGCAGGUUUAGUCUCUGUGGGGGGGCGGGGGGGGUUAAGGGGCAGCCAGCCCACUGUGUGUGGGGGCAGGGUGGGCAUCUCAUGCUUCCAGGACAUUCUCUCUAGCGAUGGUAGGGUAAGUGCAAUCCCAAGCGGUUUAAAAUAAUCCCAGACUGCCUGGAGGCUUUGUUCUUACUUUCUUAUUCUUUUUUCUUUGUCUUUGUUGGAUUGGGUUAAUUCGAAGACCUUAUCUUCAAGCUCUGAAUUUCCUUCUUGUACUUGGUCAGUUCUAUUGCUGAGACUUUGCAGAGCAUUUUGCAUUUCUGUAAGUGUGUCCAAUGUUUCCUGAAGUUUCGAUUGUUUUUCUUUAUGCUAUCUAUUUCUUGGUCUGAGCCCACUGCUCCUGGCGGUGUGAACUUGGGAAAGUCUUCUAGCCUCUCUGUGUCUUAGAGUCCUUGACCGCAGAGUGGCUCAGAACAGUAACCUCUGUGUAGGGCGGUGCUGAGUAUCAGAUGAACAGACCUAUACGAAGCACAGAAAACCCGGCCUGUUGUGCAACAAACGCUCGAGACUUGUUGUUGCCAUUAUCAUUACUGAUGUUGCUGUCGUUUUAUUAUUAUUAUUAUUUAGAGUGCUCAGAGCACCAUAUGGAGCCCAGGAAAAGAAGGGGACGAGAGUGAGGACGACUCCAUGGAGGAGGCCCCCGUGGAGGACCUCAGGGCACUGGGGCAGGGACCCCAUAAAUAGAGAACUGCUCACAACAGUCAGAAGAACUGAGCUGGCCUUGGAUCCUCCGGUGGGCUCUGCUGUGUGCCCUCAGGCAAGCCACGCGUCCUCUGAGCCUCAGUUUCCUCAUCUGUACAACAGAGCCAAUAUCACUCACCUCACAGGUUGCUCUGGGGGAUCGCUGUGCCUGGCACAUAGUAGGUGUUCAAUAAAUGCCCUGUGACUCUCAGCGUGAUCCCGGCGCUCUCGUCCUGCCUUUAGUCCGGGGGCUUGGGUGGGGUUUGCUUGCCCCUGUGUUCAUGUUGCGAGCACAGUGGAUUCCUUUCCUGGGCUGCCUUGAAAAAGCACCACUGCCUGGGCAGCUCAAACCUUAGAAAAUCACUCUCCUGUGUUCUGGUACCCAGAAAUCUGAGAGCAAGGUGUCAGCAGGGCUGGUUCUUUUUGGAGGCUCAGAGGGAGCACCCAUCCCAGGCCCCCUCCAGCUUCCAGUGGCUCCUGUCCUUGGCACGCCUGGGCUUGUAGCCGCAUCCCCCGGACCCUGCCUUCCUCUUCACGUGGUGUUCUCCCGGUGUGCACUUAAGCCUGUGUCCAAACCUCCCCUGCCUAUAAGGAUGCCCAUCAUCAGAGGCCACCUUCCUCCAGGAUGGUCUCAUCUUGACUAAUUAUAUCAGCAAGGACCCCAUUUCCAAAUAAGGUCACAUUCGGAAGUAUGGGGGCGGGUAGGACUUCAACAUAGACCUUUGGAGGCCAAAUUUAGCCUGUAACACAUGGACGUGAUGUGCAGGGAUGCUCUUGGGACCAAGAUUGUCACAGAAGCCCACAAAGGUCAGAGGGGGAUGGAAGUGUAGAGAGGGUUGGGGUGUGUGGACUGGGGGCUAUCUGCUGGGGCCCCUGGUGCACAGCCGGGGAGCGAAUCCUCCAGACCAACUCUGAGGGCAGCCGAGGUGAGCCCA